UCGUGUUAUCUGAGAAUGAUUUUAUCUUUCCAGUUGUUUUCUUAUCUGGUCUUACUUUGUCAUUGAUAAAUAGUAAUGAGAAACACAGUAUUCAGGUUGCUUCUCAACAAGAAAAUGGUGAACCUACACUACAAGAUAUGGCUGUACUUAUUGAACAAGUCACUGGAGUUCCAGUUCCUUUUCAGAAACUGAUAUACAAAGGGAAGUCUCUGAAAGAAUUGGAACAACCGUUGUCAGCACUCGGUGUUAAAAAUGGUUGCAGAGUCAUGUUGAUUGGGAAAAGGAAUAGUCCAGAAGAAGAGGCUGAAUUAAAGAAAUUAAAAGAUUUGGAGAAGUCAGUGGACCAAAUAGCUAAUAAGUUAGAGGAAGUUAAUAAGGAGUUCACAAGUAUCCAGAAGGGAUUUUUAGCAAAGGAUCUGCAAGCAGAAGCACUAAAACAGCUGGACAAGAGGAUAAAAGGAACUGCAGAGCAGUUCAUGAAGAUCCUAGAACAGAUUGAUGCCAUUAAUCUGCCAGAGAAUUUCAGUGAUUGCAAACUGAAAAAGAAGGGGCUGGUGAAAAGGGUUCAGGUUUUUCUUGCCCAAUGCGAUACUGUUGAAGGAAAUAUUGGUCAAGAAAUGGACAAGCUACAGUCAAAGAAUUUGGCACUGGCAGACUAAAGCAUUGCCCUACGUAAUUAGGAAACAUAAUUGCUCUAUGAGCAAGAAGAAAAGUUUGCUCUUUGUUUUGGAGCACGUAUUCAGCUUUUUUUUUUUCUUUUUAAAGCCCAGUCUGUUAGACUGGUACUAGUCACUCAUUUCUUGCUGGUUGUCUUGUUUGCCGCUCGGUUAGACCUAUCAUUUUGAAAAGAAAAUCCUUCCUGAAGAAUGGCAGAAAUAAUCUUUGUGAUGAAUUGUUGUGUAUUUUAUGGACAAAUGUUUAGUUCACUAAGUUAUAAAAUUUGCCGUGAUGGGCAAUUUUUUCUGAUAUGUCUUUGAAUUUAUUUACAGCUCAAAUCAAAGAAGGUUGAUCAUUGUACAAGUGCCAUAAGUUGCAGUUGUAGGACUUCAGCUUGAUUGAAAAAGGCAAACUGAGGCAACAUUUGGGAAAGUCGAACAUUGUAGUAGACGAUUCAGAGCAAUAAAAAAACCCCUACGCAUUUGUAUCUACUUAAUAUUUGUAUGCAUUUAUAAAUAUAAGAAAGCUUGACUAUGAGGGAGUUGUACCCAUUUUAGCCUUAAAUUGUCAUAAUAAAUGGCAUGUACUGUAACAUGUAUGGUACUUAAUUUUGAGUGGUGCUUUAAGUUGUUACUGAGCUCCUUGAUACAGACAUAUGUUUUUUACAU